CUCGCCUCUCUCUCUCGCGGGGACUACAGCCGUGCGUGCGCAGCCACGCACGUAGCGACGCGUAUGUCCACCUGCCCACCGUACAGGGCGCGGAGCAGACGCCUCUUCCUGGUCCAUCCGCGCCGCGCAGGCGUACGACCACGCAGGGCCUAGACGUCCCACCCGAGCGUCCCGUCUCCUAGUAACAACGAGCCGCUGUCCGCUUCUCCACAGCUUAAUUCUUACUCCCUGCCUGUGGCUGCCGCACCUGGAUGGAACGCGCAUGCGCAGGGCUGUAUCUCCGCCUGCCUUCUUCCCUCCGCUCUUGGAACACCUGUUGCUUUGCUGUUGCAGUUUUGUGGCAUUUUUUUUUCCCCUCGGGAUACGGUGUCGUUCUGGACCCACAUUCAGUGAACUCGUUACUCCCUUUUAGGCGCUGGAAGGUUGCUGAGCUCUCCUGCCGUAACCAGGAGCCGGCUUUCGGGGAGUCUCCUAGGUCGGGUCCUGCUGCUGCAGCCUCGCCGGAGAGAGCAGUUCUGUCCGGGACUGUUGACUUCAUCCCCCAACCCAAGAAAUUGAACAUUUUCUUCCCUCUAUGGAAAUCCAAAGAGUGCAAUCAAGUUGAAGAAACGUUUCUGCUACUUAUAAAGGUACCUGCAAACUAUAUUUAUUCAACCAUCCCAAUGGGAUUUUCCCUUGGUAAACCUGCUACUCAGGUAUCUGCUAUGUGUAUGGAUUCAAAAGUGGAUGAUCAUUUGAUGCGACGGACUGAGAAAAGCAAGUUGGAACCAGUGUUAUUUCAAAACACCAAGAAAAUAAGAUUAGAAGACACAAACCAAGAAAACUUUACAAGAAACAAAGAGAUUUCAGGAUGUCUUUCAGAGAAAACCUUGGAUUCUGUGGUAUAUGUUAAAGAAAGUGAUGGAAUAGAAAUGACAGAUGUGGAAUGAAAUAUUUGUACCUACUGCCAAAGAAAUGAGAAU